CUAAGCUACUGUAUAGUUACGUUUUAUAGACGUCUGAAACUAGCACGCAAGCAUGGUACUUAACGUAGUCUUCAUGGGGGUUGUAUUCGCUGUAUGCUUCGCCAUCUAUUAUUACAUCGCUAAAACUUCCGAUAAAUGCAUGUGCCCAGACAGACUGGAUGGAAAAACAGUCAUCAUCACUGGUGGUAAUUCGGGAAUUGGGAAACAGACUGCACUGGAAUUAGCAAAACGUGGCGCUAGAGUGAUCCUAGCGUGCCGUAACAAAGAUAAAGGGACCAUGGCAGCCAAUGAAAUUACUGCUAUCACAGACAAUGAAGAUGUCCUCUGCAUGCAUUGCGAUCUAGCCAGUUUGCAGAGCGUUCGAAUGUUUGCUCAAGAAUUCUGUAACACUGAAGAUCGACUGGAUAUCAUAAUUAACAACGCCGGUCUGUUAAAAGAGCAUGAGCUGACAGAAGACGGCUACGAUAUCGUCUUCAGCAGCAACCACCUUGGUCACUUUCUACUCACCAACCUGUUGAUGGACAAAUUGAGGGAAAACGGCGGGGGCCGUGUUAUCAACAUCGCGUCAGACAUGUACAUGUUUGGAAAAAUCAACUUAGAAAAUCUCAACCACAAUUCCGACAGAACUCAAGCCUACAGCAACACAAAGCUAUGCAACGUCCUAUUCACUCACCAUUUGUCAAAAAUAACGAAGGGGACCGGCGUCUCGACAUUCUCAUUGCAUCCCGGCAUGAUUAACUCAGAUAUGAAGCGGAAUUGGUACGGUUGGUUGCGAGCCAUCGAACCCAUGGUCUCAAUUCUGUUCAUGAAACCGGUCGAACAUAGUAUUCACACUCCCGUACAUUGUUGCGUUGCUCCAAAUUUAGAACAAUACUCAGGCAGUUACUUCAAAGGAUGUACACCAAGAUGGGUUCUUCCGUUUGCCAGGGACGACGUGGUUGCCAAGGGAUUGUGGGAGAAAAGUGAGAGAAUGGUUGGACUCGCGAGAAGGAAGUCUUACGUUGAAAAUGUCAGGGCAGUCCGCGAAUCUUCUUCGAGGCAAAGGAGCUUCGGUAUGAUGUAAAGCGGUACGCUUGGGAUCACUUCUGAUCUACACGAGCAUUAAAGUGACAUUUUUAUGAGAACCGGGAUGAAAAUGUUUUACAGUCAAUUAAUCAAAUUAUUGUAUUUAUUAUCAAAUCUGCAGGUUUGCCAAAAAUGGCACAUUUUCUGAAAUAUUAUUCACUUUUUUUAAAAGAGGACUUAUUGAAUUCCAUCAUAUACAAUAGUCGGACAGAGUGACAGGCAGACGGUUAGAUAACCGACAGACAGCAAACAUGCAGGUAGAACAACUCUCUUGAAGUGGAUAAUCAGAAGAAGGCAAUCGUCAUCUGCGCAUGAGGAAGACCGCCAUGUGUCGUUAUUUAAACAAAGCGUCUGUCUUUGCAAUUUUAGCGUGAGUUGAUUUCGUCGCUUAGACGUCAAUAAUUUCUGCGCGUGCGCAGAUGACGACCUCCCCUGCUUUAGACAAGUAGAGUACAGGUGUUCGGUUGGGUUAUUUGGAAAAAGAAAACAAUUUCCCAUAACAUGUGAACAAAACAAAGUACUUAUAAGAACUUUACAUUCCAUUGUAUUGCAACAUAGAUGUAACUUGCUUGAAUGCAAGAACUUGUCGGGUAAAGAAUACGCCCGGCAAGACACAAUGCAGCAUUGUUUCAUUGAGUAACUGCACAGUUUAUUAUACAUUCCACGCAGUUUAAAAAUGAAAAAAAAAGUAUUUUUAAUUGAACUUCAAACAUUCCAACAUUUUGAGAUCGAUUUAUGAUCCAGAAUGGUAUUGCGUUAUAAUUUAUAUAAGUUAAAAAUUGAUAUUCCAACAAUUUCUGGCCAAAUUGUAGUAGUUGUUUAUAUUGCUUGAAAUGUGCGCAUGCGUACAGUGAAUUUUGCUCAUAUACCAGAUGAGUUACUUUUGAGUUCGGGGUGUGGACGCCCCUAGUAAUUUACUGCAAACUACAGUCGCUGGACGCGAAAUAAUGACAGCAAGUUUGUUAUAUAUAUGCAAGAAAUGAGAAAAAUGUGAUACACACUGAAAUGUUGACCAAUUAGGAUGGACUACAAGACCGUUCACUUUGAUUGACUCAGAAAUCUAUUUUUGUAUAUAUUAUAUAUUUCUAUAUCAUAUAAUUAUAUUUUUCAAGUAUUUUAAUAAAGAACAAACAUUAAAUGUGUA